AUGGUUAUCGUCGUGGAUACCAAUUCCGUAGACAGAGCAAAGACCAAAUCCCCAGAGAGGGCUAGGACUGUUUCCCCUUCAUUGGAAAGGGCUACGCCUGCCAAACCAACAUCAAAAAUCGUGCAACCUACUCAAGAUAUCCCACAACUAAACUUAUUCAACCAUAUAGAAAGAGCUGUUUCUAUAAAUACCCAGCAAGCUACCGAAGAUGAAUUAUUCAACCUGCUGAUACAAAAAUUGAAGAAGCGGGAAGAGGCUGAAGUAGCGGCAUCAAAAUUGAUAGAUGAGCUAAAAGCAGGCCUCUGUACUGCAGAUGAUCACAACAAGCAGCUUACUACUCGGAUAAACGAGUUAGACCAUCACUGCAAAGAGCACCAAAAGGAAAAAAUUGCCCAGAAACAGUCUGUUGAGCGGUGGAAACUUAAAUUUGGUAAGAUCAGGGCCCUCAUGGCUGGGAUUGCAGAUCACCAAGAGAGGCUUCUCAAGGAGUAUCGAGCCAUUCGAAAAGAACAAGUUUCACUGAACGUGGAGAAGGAUCAAAUGCAUGACAAUCUAAACUAUCUCACCGAAAGCACCAAAGGGUUGGGAAAGAACAUUAGUCAAUAUAAGGCUCAACUCACUGGGAUCAUUCAUCAGUUUACUGCUGAAGGAGAUGCACUUAAAUCCCUCUUAAAGUCAAAAGAGUCCCAUCUCAAGGAAGUAGAGCAGCUAUUGGCUGAAAAGAACCAAGCUAUUGAAGAAGCAAACGCCCUUGCUCGAAAAACUGAGGCCGAAAAGUUAGUUCUCGAGCUAAAUUCCAAGGAAGUUGAGAAGAGGAUACGAGAGGAGCUUUCUAGGGCAAGCUUGAUGUCUAAAGAUCAAGAGCGUGCUAGGUUCGAACAAGAAAGACACACACUUACCAGAGAAAAACAGCAAGCUGAAUCAGAAGCUGCAAAAGGCAAAGAAGAGCUAGAGGCUGUCAAAUUAUCUUUGGUAUGUAUGACUUUUCUGCUCCUACAUUACGCUAACAACCUUUGA